AUGUGGGAUUCGGUUUCGGAUUCGGAUUUGGUAUGGAAGAAUGGAAUUAUUCCUGAAAUUCCAGUCACUGCUCAGUUACAUUCAACAGAGGAAGAGAAACAAAAACUCUUUAUUAUAAAUGGAACUUUAACAGGGACAAAUCUAACGUUUACCGACUUAAAGCGCCUUAGUUCCAAGGGGCUAGUGCACGACAAUGUUCGAAAAUUCGUUUGGCCAAAACUGCUGAGAUUGAUGGAUAGGGAUUUCAAGGUGAUCAACGAUCUUGACAGUAUUCAUAUGUUCGUAGACAUAGAAGUGUAUGAGCAAAUCUUGAAGGAUGUCGCGCGUAGCGGCGGCCAUAUGCCAGUGGAUACGUCCGAGGAGGACAUGGAGAAUUUUCAAAAAGAGUUGACUCAAAUAAUAUGCUGGGUCUUGUCUAAGCACGAGGAGCUAAACUAUUAUCAAGGAUAUAACGAUGUGGCGGCGACUGUUCUAAUAGUCAUGGGCUUACAGCAGGGCCUCUAUGUUUUGGAAAAAAUUUCAUUACUAUUUUUAGAGAGAUUUAUGGAGAAAACAAUGGAAAAAGUAAAUCAAGAGCUUUUUUAUAUAUUUGCAUUAUUAUAUAGGGAGCAUCCUAAGCUUUUAGAGCACUUGGAAAACGUAGAAUUGUUUCCACAUUUUGCUCUUGCCGAAUAUACAACAUGGUAUGCGCAUAAGUAUGCCGAGAAUAGAAAAUUGCUUCACAGACUGUUUGAUUACUUUCUUGGAGGUCCACCCUUAAUUCCAUUGUAUUUAAGCACCAAAAUUGUGGCAUACAGAGAUAAAGAAAUUUUCGAUACAAUACCAGACAUGGGUCCCAUGUUCAAAGUCUUGAGUACACUACCCGAUGACUUGCCGUUCGAAGAUCUCUUAAAUGAAACGUUAAGUCUCUAUGAACAAUAUCCGCCGAAAUCGAUAGACAACGAUGUCAGGGAUUUCGAUUCCAAAAGAAAGCUUAAAGAGCAAGAGUGGAAGAAGAAGCUGCAGACUAAUGUUGUAAACCGAAUAUAUCCAAAGUUUAAUAUGUACUUCAUAAAGCCACAGUUUUUUAAUAGCAUGAAUACUUAUAAGGCCAUCACAGUGGUAACGGUUGUAGCUUUUGGUUUAUACAGCAUGUUAAAAAGUUCUUAAUCGGUUGUUCCAUUUUUU